AUGCGCGUCCCCGCCCGCCCCGCGCGCCCGGGCUCAGGGAGGCCGAGGCCGCUGCGGCCCGAGGGGGCGGGGGCGGGGUGCUGGGGCCCCCUGCGCGGCCCCGGGACGCAGGGCCACGGCGCCAGGCCUCUGCGCCCCAGGGCCCCCCCCCCUGAAUGCGAGGUCUGCCUGCGGGGUGCCCGGGGUGCCCCCUCGCCCCCGGGCCGCGGGAGCUCCCUGCAGCUCCGGUUGUGUCCCUGCCCUGUGCCGGCCGAGCCUCAGCCUCAUCUCGGGAGCAGUGGCCCCGGGGAGCCGGUUCGGGCCCGCGGGGCUGCGUUCUCACUGCUCAGGGCUGCGCGCCUGGACCCAGUGCCCCAGGCGUGCCUGCCACACGUGCCCAGCGCAGCGCAUCCCUCCCGCCCUCCCGUCACCCUCUCCCGCGAGGCAACCGAAGCAGAGGAAUCCGACGCCUCAGCAGCGGUCGCGCAGGACGGCGGGGCCCGGCCAGGCCCCGGCAGGUGCGCCUCCGGCCUCGAGCGCAAGGAGGCGCCAGGGGCCCACGCGAGCCGGGCCGCGCCACCGCAGCCGGCGACAGCUGUCGGCGAUCUGCACGCGGCUCCGCGGCCGGCUCCGCGCAGCGCCGGAGGUGCCCGGGCCCCAGGGGCGCCGGGCGCGGCACCGGGGGCUCCGAGCCCGGGGACGGAGUGCCGAGAGCCGCCCCGAAUCUGCCACGGAGACAGGGACGCCACGGAGGCGCCGCCACCAGAGAAGCCCAAGGGCCCAGAUGCUCGGACCCAUCCCCCGGGCCCCCCAGCCGAGGUCACGGGCCGCGCCGCGCGGCGAAGCCCCUCCCCUGGGGCGGGUGGCGGGCUCAGGCCGCGAGGUGCCCCCCCCCCGCACCCGCACCCGCACCCGCGCCCCCGGCGGCCGGCGGUGCGCACCCCGUCACCAGCGGCACCCAGGUCGCGGGAGAGCCGCCGGGACCUCGGCCGUGUGGCCACUGCCCCUCCGCGCCAGCGCCGCGCCCGCCCGCGCCCCCAGCACCUCGCAUCGUGGGUCGGUGUGCGCCCCCCAUCCCCGCUCACCGCCACCACGUGCGGGCACAUGGGCGGCUCUGCUUCCGCGGGGCGCGUCGGGGGGCCAGGGGAGGGAGCGCAGGACCCGGCGCGGAGGGGGCGGGGUGGGGCGGCGGUGGCUGCGGGGAAGCUGCGGGGAGGGGUUGCGGGGCGGAGGGGGGCUGCGAGGGAGGGGCGGUGGAGGGACUUUGGGGGGCUGCGGGGGAGGGGCUGCGGGGGUGCUCAUGGCGGUGCUCAGGAGCCGGAGCGCUCCUCCGCUCGCCUGGGCGCCGUGUUCCGCGUGGACAGGAGCCCCCCGGGGAGCGGCGCGGCCGAAAAACCCCCGGGACUCGCGGCGACCGCGGGCCGAGGCGUCACGGAGCUCGGUUCCCCGCCGCCAGGUCCCCCCCCCCCCCCGCCGCCCCCCGCGCCCCUCCCACAGGUGGCUACGGGGCCCAGAGAGGUUAACGCCGGCUGCAGGCGGCGGCAGGCCCCCACUCGCUGCGCUGGGAACCCCGAGGCCUGCGGGGACGGGGAGGGGGGCGCCCCUGCCCCCGGGCCCCCUCUCUGGGAUCUCGCACCCCUAGCCCUCGGCCUCCCCGCUCCUGCGCACCGGCCGCCGCCGCCGCCGCGUCCCUCCGUCCCGCUCCCUGUGGCCAGUUGA